CAGAUGACGAUACACCCGAACAAGUGCCACCAUCUUUAUUGAGGGCAAUGAUUCAUGGGACGCAUGCGCAGUGUCCAACUUUGACGGAGUGAGAACUGCAGCGAGACACAUGCGUCACCUUCUCUGGCAAAGAGUGAUAAGGGAGGAUUAGGGCAGAUUAAAUUCAACCAAGAAAAAUGUUUGUUUUUUAAUCUGACUCUCCAGUGAUCAUAGCAAAAGACCUGGGCCUGUGGAGAAAGUGAUUCUUGUACUGGUUCGUGUGGUGAUGGUGUUCCCAAAGCGUGUUUAGAUAACAGUGAAAGACAAUAAUUCGUAAGGAAGAGGAGUUAAUUGACAGAUCUGUGUGUGCUUGACUGAUCACUCCAGGCCUUGAGCUACCCAUCAGGAUACUAAUUGAGAAUAAUUGAGACCCGGAUCUCAAACAAGUUCUGACAGAGUCAAAGAUCUGAAUAUCAUUGGCUUUAACAGUGGAAGGAGAAAGGUUGAUUUGUAACAAGAAAUUUUAAAAACACAGACAGAUCUGAAUUACCUCAGGAUUCUGAACAUUGAAGAAAAAAAUCACCAUCACACGGGGAGAAACACUUACUGUCUGUGUGUGAAAGAUUCUGUGAAGAUUCAUCUGACAUGCCCAAACGCCAACGCAGUCAGACCGGGAAGACACUGUGGAAAUGUGGGGAUUGUGGGAAGGAAUUUCUUUAUCCAUCCCAGCUGAAAAUGCACCAACGCAGUCACACUGGGGAAAAGCCAUUCAACUGCUCUCAUUGUGGAAUGAGAUUCACUCAGUCAUCCCAUCUGCAGAUGCACCAGCGAGUCCACACUGGGGAGAGACCAUUCACCUGCUCCCAAUGUGGGAAAGGAUUCAGUCAGUCAUCCAACCUGCUGAAACACCAGCAGAUUCACACUGAGGAGAGACAAUUUACCUGUUCUAAAUGUGGAAAAGGAUUCACUCAAUCAUCUAAAUUGCCAGAACAUCAGGGAGUUCAUACUGGAGAGAAACCAUUCACCUGCUCUACUUGUGGGAAGGGAGUUACUCAGUCUUCCAGCCUGCAGAUACACCAGCCAGUUCACACUGGGGAGAAACCGUUCAUUUGCUCAGUGUGUGGGAAGAGAUUCACUCGGUCAUCCAAUCUGCUGAUACAUCAGCGAGUUCACACUGGGGAGAGACCAUUCAUUUGCUCUGUAUGUGGGAAGGGAUUCACUCGGUCAUUCAACCUGCAGAUACAUCAGCGAGCUCACACUGAAGAGAGACCGUUCGUUUGCUCCGUGUGCGGGAAGGGGUUCAUUCGGUCAUCCAACCUGCUGAUACACCAACGGGUUCACACUGGGGAAAGACCAUUCACUUGUUCCGUCUGUGGGAAAGGAUUAACUCAGUCGUCCCACUUGCAGAUACACCAGCGAGUCCACACUGGGGAAAGACCAUUCAUCUGUUCACUGUGUGGAAAAGGAUUCAGUCAAUUAUCCAACCUGCGGACACAUCAGCGAAUUCACACUGGGGAGAGACCAUUCACCUGUUCUGAAUGUGGAAAAGGAUUUAUUCGCUCAUCUGAGCGACUGGAACACCAGGGAGUUCACACUGGGGAGAAACCAUUUACUUGCUCACUGUGUGGGAAAGGAUUCACUCAGUUAUCCAAGCUGCAGAGUCACCAGCGAGUUCAUACUGGGGAGAGACCAUUCACCUGCUCUGAUUGUGGAAAGAGGUUUACCCAGUCAUCCAACCUGCGGAGACACCAACGAAUUCACACUGGGGCGAAACAUUCAGUUGAUCAACCUACCUGCUGAUAGUGUUCGCUCUGGGGGGAGACAUUCAUCAGUAUAUGAGAAGAGAUGCACUGUCAUCCAAACUGUUAACACACCAGUGAAAUGACACUGGGUUCAUCCCGUUCACCUACUCUUUAAAUGGAUUUCCUAUUUGCAAAUACACCAAGAAUCACAGGUGAAGGGUUUUGCUUUUUCUGACACCAAGGAAUGUACCUUGGUCAUUGGGCUGUUUGUGUUUGUUAUUAAACCCAGCUCUGUUCAAAGUACAGAUGUUGUCGGUAAGAUAUUGAUACAAUUGUGUAUUUGUGUAGAAAGCUUAGAAAAUGAUCGUAAUGUCACAACACGUCAACACCUUUACCCUGGGUAAAGACUGUCCACCUGCAUAUUGUUUCCAAAGUGAUUUUGUGGUUCAUCAAGACUGCUUAAACUGUCAGUGAUGAACUUGAUGCUGUCAUAGUCUAUAUCGAGAAAACAUGUUUGAUUUAGUAAACACCACAGUUUAGUGUCCUAUUGGGAUAAAAAUAAUACAAAUCAACUUUUCAUUAAAAAUAUGCUGCAACAAGCCAGUGUCAUUCUGAGUGCCUUAGACACAAGAUGAUCGUGUGUGGGAAGUCAUGUCCAGAGUGAGGUAUAGCCAGUAAUGCUGGAAAUUUAGGUACAAGUGGGAAGGGCUGCCCAUAUUGGAAAGAGACAAAACUGAAUCCAAACAGAUUAAAAUAGAAUUAAGCCCACACCCUAUUUAAGUGAAACAGUGCCUUUGACAUAAGAUUAUUCUGAAGCAAAAGCAUUGUCUGAAUAGUUACAAGGAAUGUUGAUGGAGACACCCUUGAUAAGGAAAUAUUUGAAGCUAACCAUUUUUGAAGAUUGUUUUUUGUUACAAUGGAAUAAUGCAGUUGUGGCUCAUUAAUGAAUUUUUUUGAUAUUUUAAAAUUUCUUUUAGCUGCCAGCAAUUUAAUUCCAGUCUCAUUAAUGAAACAUCCCAUUUGGUGAACAGUGUAAGGUUAUCUCACCGAAAUUAGCUGUUUCUUUCAAACUAUUUACAAUGUUCAGAUAUAGAUUUGAAUUAAAGAUUAUUCAAAUAAUUAUAGAUUUCAAAGUAACUGUAAAACUUUAUAAUAAAAGCUGUAAGGGAAAACAUUACAGAUGCCUGGCAUACCUUAUCUUAUUAGCUAAAGAGUUUUGGAUGUCAAAUUGGAUUGAAAUUAGCUCAAAAAGCUGGGACUUGUGAAAGCUGAAAAUCAAAAAUCAGCACAGCUUGAACUGAUAAUAAUCAGCCUUUUUGACUAUUACUGUAUGCAGUUGGCUAAAACUUGAGAGAAAUACUAAUUAUUCCCAAUUUCUCUCAGUUUUUGCACUUACUGAGAGGCAGACUUUUUUAUACUUCUCAAUAGCUGUCAGAAAUUAUCUCUAUGUUCGUCACUCGUUAGGCCAGUACAUUGAAUUUUGAUCUGUAUUAUCCUAUUAACUUUUCAAAAUAUUGUUACACAUGUCAUUCCAUAACCUUGUUUUGCAUAUGAAUGUCUUUAUUUUGGGCUGAAGUUAGCUUAUAUCAAUAGAAUGGCUCUGCACAUAAUUAAAUUGAGGGUUGCUAAGGUUAGAGAAUUUGUAAAUUCAGCCUGUCAUGUCUACUAAAGAUAUCAACGCUUCUGAACUUUAUAAUAGUCUGUAACAUAUUUUACUGUAACCUGGAGUUGGCCAAUUUUCCCAUCAGGCAACUUAACUGUCUUUCACAAUUCCACACUAACAAUAAAAGUAAUUAUAAAACUUUAUAAUAAAAAAAAUCCAUAUGCGUGAUAGAAUUUGAUAAAGAUCAGAAGUGGAAUACAAAUAGUAGAAUUCAAGCAGUCUUUAGAGAUAAGCAAGUCAGGGCCAUGUCCAAGGGAGAACAGUCAGUAACUUUUGAUUACAAUAUAGAAAGGUCCCAAUAACAAUUAGGCAUCAUGAAAACCAAGGACUGUCUAUAGGCACAUCCAUCGUUGAUCAAGUGUUUCAUAGGAUUAGUUGUGUAAAGAAUGGGGGAUGGCACCAUAAACAUGGUAUAUGUGAUCACUAACAAUGUAUAAAAAAUACUGUUUAUCACUCUAAAGAUCAGUGUGUAUUGUUGAUCUCUCUCCCAAUCUGAGCUGUAGAUUGAGAGAACAAUUGGGUCCUCACGUUGAAGCCAGAUUCAGGGAAGGUCUUGUGGCCCUCUCCCUGCUUUAACCAAUUGUUGCUUGAAGAAGAAUAAAGUCUGCAUAU